CGACAAUUGAUUCGCUGAUAUUCCACCACCAUGGAGGAUGCGGCCUGGAAGUGCACGGCGGCGUUCGUGCUGGGCGCCGCGGCGCACUAUUUCGUGUCCUCGUACCUGCUGAUCGACAGUACAUCGCCACCCAAGGCCUUGCACAGUAGCAGCGACAACAGCAACGAAAAUGCCGCGGAGCUGCGCUCGGGCGCAUCGUCCCGAUCAUUAUCCGGGUCGUCAGACGACUGGGAGGGCGAGGAUUCAGUCAGCUGGGUGCCCCACAAGAUGGUUAUGUGCGUGCGUACGGACCUGAAAAUGGGCAAAGGCAAAGUAGCGGCGCAAUGCUGUCACGCGACGCUAGGUGCGUACAAGCGCGCACUUAAACGGACGCCAGACGCCGUUCGCGCGUGGGAGAUGCUGGGUCAGGCUAAGGUCUGCCUUAAGGUGGACUCGGAGGAGGAGAUGCUCGCUCUGGCCGAAAAGGCGGCGGAGCACGGACUCGUUAACUACGUCGUGGUUGACGCUGGCAGGACGCAGAUUGCACCUGAGAGCAAGACGGUGCUGAGCAUUGGCCCGGCGCCACUGAAGGCGAUCGACGAGAUCACGGGCCACCUCAAGCUCAUGUGAUGCAAGAGUGUGGACCUAACGGAAUCACAUCAGUAAAGAGUUUUUUUUUUACA